AGUGAAUUUAUCCUAAAAUGUCAAGCAGUGCUUUGAAAAGAAUAAACAAGGAAUUAAUGGAUCUGGGAAGAGACCCUCCCUCAGGAUGCUCAGCGGGCCCAGUUAGUGACGAGGACAUGUUCACCUGGCAAGCAUGUAUUGUUGGGCCUGAUGACAGCCCAUACCAAAAUGGUGUUUUCUUCUUGAAUAUAGUUUUUCCUGAGAAGUACCCAUUCCAUGCACCAAAGGUAUACUUUACCACAAAGAUCUACCAUCCAAAUAUUGAUGCUCAGGGGAGUAUUUGCUUGGAUAUCUUGAAGGAUCAGUGGAGCCCAGCUCUGACUAUUAUUAAAUGCUUACUUUCGAUCAGUUCUUUACUUACAGAUCCAAACCCAGAUGACCCUUUGGUCAACGAUAUUGCAAAUGUAUACAAAGACGAUAGGGAUAAAUUCAAUGAGACUGCUAAGAAAUGGACGAGACUUUAUGCGUUUGGUCAAGAAGAUUAGCUCACCUGUCCCCUUGAGUGAUAUAUUUUUCAACAUUAAUUCA